AUGUCCAACCAGAAGACAUUGGAAUGGGUUAAACAUAUACUUCGUUAUCUGCAAGGCACGAAAGAUAUGGGUUUAUUCUUUUCUAAUACAUGCAAGGAAGACUUGAUUGGUUUUGCAGAUGCAGGAUACUUGUCUGAUCCACAUACUGCCCGUUCACAAACUGGAUAUGUGUUCACUUGUGGAGGUACUGCUAUUUCUUGGCGUUCUAUGAAGCAAACUCUUGCAGCUACUUCUUCUAACCAUGCAGAGAUAUUAGCCAUCCACGAAGCUAGUCGUGAGUGCAUUUGGUUGAGGUCUGUAGUCAACACAUUCGAGAAGAUUGUGGUGUACAGACAGGAAAAGGAGCUCCAACGGUUAUGUAUGAAGAUAAUGCUGCUUGCAUCGCACAACUCAAGGAUGGGUACAUUAAAGGAGACAGAACGAAGCACAUCCUACCGAAGUUUUUCUUCACCCAUGAGUUACAGAAGAAUGGCGAUGUAA